AUGAGGAUCGGGGGAGGAAAUGUUUUAGACAUCUUCCUUGUGGCCCUAUCAGAGGAGGAGGGUCUCAUCGACGAGGAGGCGGCCCGCAGGAACUCGGAGCUCCACAUCGUGGGAAUGGUGGGCUCCAUCGACAACGACUUCUGCGGCACGGACAUGACCAUCGGCACCGACUCCGCCCUGCACCGCAUCAUCGAGGUGGUGGACGCCAUCAUGACCACCGCCCAGAGCCACCAGAGGACAUUUGUCCUGGAAGUGAUGGGCAGGCAUUGUGGGUACCUGGCUCUGGUCAGUGCCCUGGCGUGUGGAGCCGACUGGGUUUUCAUCCCGGAGAUGCCUCCUGAAGACGGGUACCUGGCUCUGGUCAGUGCCCUGGCGUGUGGAGCCGACUGGGUUUUCAUCCCGGAGAUGCCUCCUGAAGACGGGUGGGAAGACAGCAUGUGCCAGAAGCUGUCCGAGAGUCGGUCUCGGGGCUCCAGGUUGAACAUUAUCAUAGUAGCCGAAGGAGCCAUCGACAGAAACGGACAACACAUCUCCUCUGAUUUUGUGAAGGAUAACCGCGCCGAUAAGAAAAGGCUGAACAUUAUUAUUGUAUCGGAGGGUGCCAUCGAUAGCCAUAACAAGGCAAUAACCCCCGAUUAUAUCAAGGAAUUGGUAGUGCGUUGUCUGGGUUUUGACACCAGGGUCACCAUCUUAGGCCAUGUGCAGAGAGGUGGGACCCCCUCUGCCUUUGACAGGAUCCUGGCUAGUCGAAUGGGCGUGGAGGCGGUUCUGGCUUUGCUGGAGGCGUCUACCAACACGCCGGCCUGCGUCGUGUCUCUGGUCGGAAACCAGGCCGUGCGACUUCCACUUAUGGAGUGUGUUCAGAUGACCCAAGAAGUACAGAAGGCCAUGGAUGAGAAGAAAUUCGAAGAGGCCGUCCGACUGAGGGGCAGGUUUGUUUCCCGGCUUUCCUAA